AUGUCUGAGCGAAAGGAAAUCACGUAUGCCUUUGACACUGUCGAUGAUUGGCAGGCGUCCUUGAAGGCAUCAGAGGAGCUGGUGAAGGAAGACACUGGUGCCGAGCGCUGGAGAAGCACCAGGACGAUGCCUCCAACAUACUAUCCUCCACCCAUGACUCAACAAGCUAUUGAUAAGCUGAAGGAAUUCAAGGGUGCAGUUGUCAAGGACAUCUCAGAGGAAUAA